UUACAUUGGUUAAUAGUCAAUUGCCACGAAUUCAGACUCUGUGAAUUUUUUUAUUUGUUCAUCUUUGCUAGCUAACUUUAGCUUAGUAGCUAGCUAACGUUAGCUAAACAGCGCGUUAUGCAAGUUGGCCAGCCGUUGUAUUUAUAUGUUGGGUAAAUACAUAACUCGUGUGACUCAGGUAUCUAACGUUUGGCUUAGUUUGUUAACGUUAUCAUGCUAUAGUUGACAUAUAGAGCUUCUAGCUAUAUCAACUAGCCAUUGGUAGCCGAUGACAUGUUUACAUUUUAGCAGAUGCUCUUAGCAGCACCCAAGCCGACUUACAGCAAUGAGUGGAUCUAUUUUUGUACCGUUUCGUACUGGUCCCCCGUGGGACUCGAACCCACAACCCUGGCAUUGCAAGUUCCAUGCUCUACCAACUGAGCCACAAAGACCGUGACGUUGCAGGUGCCUAACUAUGGGCGCAUUCGUAAAUUCACUCUGACUAUCUUCUUCGAUUUCAGAGCACUCUCGUCUGUGUGCGAGAGCGCAGAAUAACUGAUGAAUUUACGAACGCUCAACACUCGUUGAAUAUGGCCGGUGUCAGUAAACGUCGGCAAAAAGGUGUAAUUAAAUGGUUGCCAACUGCAGAGUUAAUCACCAACGCUCCGAAUAACAUGAAAACAACCUAAUCCGCUCUACUAGGACGAGUAAAAUAGUCAGUGAGGUGUUCUCUCAUUUGUGUCUGGAAGUAGCAAGCAAACCUCGCCAACGUUAGCCAGUUAGCUUGGGUGCUUGACUGCGGUUGAGGUCAGAACGAUCGGAUCAACCAUACUGACACCAGCCAUAAUCACCUGAUGUUGAGCGUCCGUAAAUUGCAUCACUUAUUCUGCGUUCUGGCACACCCAAAUGAGUGUUCUGAAAUCGGAGAAGAUAGCCAUAUUAGCCCUAUUGUUGGUAAAUUAACUCUGGAGUGCCAGAGAGCGCGUUCAGAGUUUCGCACUCUGAACGCUCUGGCCGAGGAGUAGGGUUGAUCAGAGUGUUCUGACCUCACAACGGCAGUCAAGCACCCAAGCUAACAGGCCAAAGUGGUUAGAGCGUUGGGCCAAAAUCAAAUCAAACUUUAUUUGCCACAUGCGCCGAAUACAACAAGUGUAGACUUUACCUUGAAAUGCUUACUUACAAGCCCUUAACCAACAGUGCAGUUCAAGAAGAAGACAAUAUUUACUAAGUCGGCUAAAAUAAAAACAAGAAUAAUAAAAAGUAACACAAUAAGAAUAACAAUACUAUAUACAGGGGGCACCGGUACCGAGUCUGUGUGCGGGGGUACAGGCUAGUUGAGGUAAUCUGUACAUGUAGGUGGGGGUGAAGUGACUCAUCAUAUGUAAGAACCAAACAGUGAGUAGCAGCAGUGUACAAAAGGGGGAGGGUCGUCAAUGUAAUUUGUCCGGUGGUGAUUUUAUGAAUUGUUCAGCAGUCUUAUGGCUUGGGGGUAGAAGCUGUUGAGAAGCCUUUGGUUCUAGACUUGGCGCUCCGGUACUGCUUGCCGUGCGGUAGAAGAGAACUGUCUAUAAGGUACAAAUUUGUCGUCAGGGGCAGUCAUUGAUUAUAAGAAUUUGUUCUUAACCGACUUGCCUGGUAAAAUAAAAACAUAUAUAGGUCCUGGAUGACAGGAAGCUUGGCCCCAGUGAUGUACUGGGUGGUUCAGAGGAAAGCCCAUAAAACUAUUCGCCGAGCAGUUGCAAUACCAGGCGGUGACAUAACCGGGCAGGAUGUUCUUGAUGUAUAAUUCUUUGAGGAUCUGGGACCCAUGCCAAAUCUUUUCAGUCUCCUGAGGGGGGAAAAGGUUUUGUCGUGCCCUCUUUAUGACUGUCUUGGUAUGUUUGGACUAGAGGUCGACCGAUUAAUCGGAAUGGCCGAUUUAAUUAUGGGCCGAUUUCAAGUUUUCAUAACAAUCUGUAUUUUUGAGAGCCGAUUUGCCAAUUUUUAAAUUUAUAUAUUUAUUUAUACCUUUAUUUAACAAGGCAAGUCAGUAAAGAAUACAUUCUUAUUUUCAAUGACGGCCUAGGAACGGUGGGCUAACUGCCUCGUUCAGGGGCAGAACGACAGAUUUUCACCGUGUCAGCUCGGGGGAUCCAAUCUUGCAACCUUACAUUUAACUAGUCCAACGCAAUAACGACCUGCCUCUCUUGUUGCACUCCACAAGGAGACUGCCUGUUACGCGAAUGCAGUAAGCCAAGGUAAGUUGCUAGCUAGCAUUAAACUUAUCUUAUAAAAAACAAUCAAUCAUAAUCACUAGUUAACUACACAUGGUUGAUGAUCUUAUCUAGUGUGUCCUGCAUUGCAUAUAAUCUGACUGAACAUACAAGUAUCUGACUGAGCAGGGGUAUGCAGAAGCAGGCGCGUAAACAUUAACUCAAACAGCACUUUUGUGCGUUUUGCCAGCAGCUCUUUGUUGUGCGUCAAGCAUUGCGCUGUUUAUGACUUCAAGCCUAUCAACUCCUGAGAUGAGGCUGGUGUAACCGAAGUGAAAUGUCUAGCUAGUUAGCGCGCGCUAAUAGCGUUUCAAACGUCACUCGCUCUGAGCCUUCUAGUAGUUGUCCCCCUUGCUCUACAUGGGUAAUGCUGCUUCGAUGGUGGCUGUUGUCAUUGUGUUGCUGGUUCGAGCCCAGGGUGGAGCGAGGAGAGGGACGGAAGCUAUACUGUUACACUGGCAAUACUAAAGUGCCUAUAAGAACAUCCAAUAGUCAAAGCUUAAUGAAAUACAAAUGGUAUAGAGGGAAAUAGUCCUAUAAUAACUACAACCUAAAACUUCUUACCUGGGAAUAUUGAAGACUCAUGUUAAAAGGAACCACCAGUUUUCAUAUGUUCUCAUGUUCUGAGCAAGGAACUGAAACGUUAGCUUUCUUACAUAGCACAUAUUGCACUUUUACUUUCUUUUCCAACACUUUGGUUUUGCAUUAUUUAAACUAAAUUGAACAUGUUUUAUUAUUUACUUGAGGUUAAAUUGAUUUUAUUAUAUUAAGUUAAAAUAAAUGUUCAUUCAGUAUUGUUGUAAUUGCCAUUAUUACAAAUACAUUUUAAAAAAUUGUCCGAUUAAUCGGUAUUGGCUUAGUUGGUCCUCCAAUAAAGUCCUGCCACAUCUGACGAGCGUCAGAGCCGGUGUAGUAGGAUUAAAUUUUAAUCCUGUAUUGACGCUUUUCUUGAUUGAUGGUAUGUCCGAGGGCAUAGUGGUAUUUCUUAUAAGUGUCCGGAUUAGUCUCCCACUCCUUGAAAGCGGCUGCUCUAGCAUUUAGCUCGAUGCGGAUGCUGCAUGUAAUCCAUGGCUUAUGGUUAGAAUAUGUACGUACAGUCACUGUGGGGACGACGUCAUCAAUGCACUUAUUGAUGAAGCCGAUGACUGAGGUGGUGGGUUCCGCAAUGCCAUUGGAUGAAUCCCGCAACACAUUCCAGUCUGUGCUAGCAAAACAGUCCUGUAGUGUAGCACCCACGUCAUCUGACCACUUCCGUAUUGAGCGGGUUACUGGUACUUCCUGCUUUAGUUUAUGCUUGUAAGCAGGAAUCAUGAGGAUAGAAUUAUGGUCAGAUUUGCCAAAUGGAGGUCGGGGAAGAGCUUUCUAUGCAUCUCUGUGUGUGGAGUAAAGGUGGUCUAGGAUCCCCCUGGUUACACAAAAUUUGGUAAAACUGAUUUAAGUUUGCCUGCAUUUAAGUCCCCGGCCACUAGGAGCGCCGCUUCUUGGUGAGCAUUUUCUUCUUUGCUUAUGUCCUUAUAGAGUUGGUUGAGAGCGGUCUUAGUGCCAGCUUCGUUUUGUGGUGGUAAAUAGACGGCUACGAAUAAUACAGAUGAGAACUCUCUUGGUAGAUAAUGUGGUCUGCAGCUUAUCAUAAGGUACUCUACCUCAGGCGAGCAAUACCUCGAGACUUCUUUAAUAUUAGACAUCGCGCACCAGCUGUUAUUGACAAAAAGACACACACCCCCACCCCGCGUCUUACCAGCGGUAGCGUCUCUGUUUUGCCGGUGCAUGGAAAAUCCUGCUAGCUCUAUGUUGUCCGUAUCUUCGUUCAGCCACGUCUCGGUGAAACAUAAGAUGUUACAGUUUUUAAUGUCCCGUUGGUAGGAUAAUCUUAAUAGUAGGUAAUCAAUUUCAUUUUCCAAUGAUUGCACGUUAACAAGAAGCAUGGAAGGCAUUGGGAUCCCCGAUCUGGGUCCCCUUUUCCGGCGUCUUCAUGCAAAAAGUGUGGAUCUGGGCCUGUUCCAAUGAAAGCAGGAUAUCCUUCUCAUCGUACCCGUUAACCUCUAGUGACACCCCAUCCCGUCUAUUUACCACCACAAAACGAAGUUGUCAUGAUCUGACACUAAUUAGCAUAACGCAACGGACAUAAAUAUUACUAGAAAAUAUUCAUAUUCAUGAAAAUCCCAAGUUAAAUAUAUUGAGACACAGCUUAGCCCUUUGUUAAUCACCCUGUCAUCUCAGAUUUUCAAAAUAUGCUUUACAGCCAAAGCUAGACAAGCAUUUGUGUAAGUUUAUCGAUAGCCUAGCAUAGCAUUUUGUCCAGCUAGCAGCAGGUAACUUGGUCACGGAAAUCAGAAAAGCAAUCAAAUUAAAUCGUUUACCUUUGAUGAGCUUCGGAUGUUUUCACUCACGAGACUCCCAGUUAGAUAGCAAAUGUUCCUUUUUUCCAAAAAUAUUAUUUUUGUAGACGAAAUAGCUCCGUUUGUUCUGGCUGAGAAAUCGCCUGGAAAUUGCAGUCACGAAAACGGUGAAAAAUAUUCCAAAUUAGCUCCAUAAUAUCGACAGAAACAUGGCAAACGUUGUUUAUAAUCAAUCCUCAAGGUGUUCUAUUAUCUAUUCGAUAAUAUAUCCAUCGGGACAAUUCGUUUUUCAGUAGGACCGAUUGGAGUAAUGGCUACCUCUGUAUUUUACGCGAGCAUCAGGUGACCACUUGCGCAAUGUAGCCGCCUACGGGUAUUCUUCAACAUAAAUGCGUAAAACUACGUCACAAUGCUGUAGAGAAAGAGUAAUCUGGUUGAUAGCCCAUUCACUGCUCAAUAGGGACACAUUGGUACGCAGCGCUUUCAAAACAUGAGGCCCUUCCGGAUUGGAUUUUUCUCAGGCUUUCGCCUGCAACAUUAGUUCUGUUAUACUCAUAGACAAUAUUUUUACAGUUUUGGAAACUUUAGAGUGUUCUCUAUCCUAAGCUGUCAAUUAUAUGCAUAUUCUAGCAUCUUGUCCUGACAAAAUAUCCCGUUUAUUAAAUGAAAAUACUGCCACCUAGUCACAAAAGGUUAAAGGAAAAAGUUUCUUCCAGUCCGCAGUGAGUACUCGCUUUUCUGAUGUCCAGAAGUUAUUUUCGGUCAUAAGAGACAGUAGCAGCAACAUUAUGUAGACAAUACUUAAAAAAUAAGUUACACAAAACUAAAAAAAGAAAUAACAAAAUAGCAGUCAUUUUUCCAUUUUUGGGAAAGGUUGCUGGAUCGAAUCCCCGAGCUGACAAGGUAAAAAUAUGUUGUUCUGCCCUCGAGCAAGGCAGUUAACCCACUGUUCCUCGGGCACCGAAGACGUUGAUGUCCAUUUAAGGCAUAACCCCCAGCACCUCUCUGAUUGAGGUUAAAUGCAGAAGACACAUUUCAGCUGAAGAAUAGGCCUAGUCUUAGGGAUGCCGAAGAAGUUCCAGGGUGAGAACUCCAAGGCAGUCACUGCCAAGGCCCGCAAGGCAGAGGCCAAAGCAGUGGAAGACGCCCGCAAGAAGAAGGAGCUGGAGGAUGCACUAUGGCAGGAGAACGACAAACAUGUCCUGAAGAAAGAACAGAGGAAGGAUGACAAGGAGAAAAAGCGCCUUGAGGCCCUGGAGCGAAAGAAGGAGAACCAGCGGCUCUUAGAUGAGGAGGCUGCAAAGAUUAAGGGCAAGGCCAAGGAGGCUGCUGCUGCUGCUGCUGUGGUGGCAGGCAAAGUAACUCGGGCCCAGAUUGAGGACAUGCUGCAUGUCGAGCAGCAGCUACAACAGCAUGAGCAACCCAAAGAGAAAGAGAAGAGCCACCUGGAGACGCCCCUGGAGGAGAACGUGAAUCGCAUCAUUCCUGAGGAAGGUGUUGUGGAGGCUAGAACCAUAGAGGAUGCCAUUGCCAUGCUCAGCACGGCUGAAGAGCUCGACCGCCACCCAGAGCGCAGGGUGAAGGCAGCGUUCGCCGCGUUCGAGGAUCUGAACAUGCCCCUUCUUAAAAAAGAGAAUCCCAACAUGCGGCUGUCGCAGCUCAAGCAACAGCUGAAAAAGGAGUGGAUGAAGUCGCCAGAGAACCCCCUGAACCAGCGCUUUGCCAACUACAACACAAAGUGAACCAACUCCAGCAGCAGCUAAAAAAAAACUGUUUACCUAUGCACAUUGGACCUUACGAUGGAAGAUGCCCCCAACCUAUAAUUAUUCCCCCAUUUAUGAAUGUGUUGCUGGAAAAGCUGCAUUCAUUCCCUAGGAAGGACCUCCGAUGCAAGGAAUCACCUUGGGACUUCCGUUUGUUUCGUUCCGAUUUGACAAGGAAAAGCAAACUCCCAACCAAUGUUCCUGAUGAUUUUAUUUUACUGUGCAUGUCCACUUGUGAAGCAUCUCGGCAGUUUAUGGAUUUUAUUCCCACUGUCAGUUUUUGGCACUUAUGUUGAAAAGGGAUUCAAGUAAUUUAUUUCAGUUCACAAUACACUAACAUAUCUAAUUCUUUCUGAGAAUGAGACUACAGGUAUGUGAUCUGCACUCUUGCCUAUCGUAAUCGCCUCCAUUAACCCCCCCGAUGAUGAUAAUAAUAACCCACGUAAGAAAAUAUCAUGACCAGAGCCAGUUGUUGACUUGUUAUGAACUGCCAUUUUGGGCACCAUUGGAAAUGACCACCCCUUUCCCUAUGAUAAAGUGUAUUGUGGCACCUGUUCCCCAUCCUAACAAGGCCUUAUUAGGUGCACCCACUCAAUACAUCAAUACUGUUGUUGCUAAUCCUGGUAUCAUGCAAUAUUAGGUCUGAAUCCUGCAUCUGCUUUCAGGUUACAUUGAAUUGUAUGGAGAUUGUUAUUGCUUUUUUGUAAGUGAAAUUUGAAAAGACUACAAAAAAAUAUUUCAAAUCUCAAAUUCAUGUAAAUCUAAAUACACCCCCCCCCCCCCCCCCCCCUCACUGUAAUGCGGGUUUACGUACCAUUUUCCCACCUUCAUGUUUGAGCGUUUAUGUAGAAAGGCCGUCUAAUUUAUUGAAAGCAUACAGCUCACCACAUCUCUUGUCAGUUGUGUUUUAGGAGCUGCAGCUUAGAAGUGUCUCCUAACGCCCACCACUUCUGUUUCAACAGCACAAUCAUUUAGGGUUUUUCAAAUUCACUGCAUUUUGAUCUACAUUCAUUUCGCCACUUAAAUAGACUUUCAGCCGUGUGCAUAUGCCUUACAUUAGUGCUCGUUUUCAGCCAGGUUUCCGUCUGAAGAGGAUACUGAAAGUGUUUAGCUGUGUUCUGGUUCUCUGUCCUUCUCCCAAAGUGCAGACAGGCAUUUACUGCACUGCUGGAGCUAGAAACAAGUCAUCUGUACGCGACUAAACUCUGAUUUGAAGUGCACACAUGUUCACUCCCUUUCAUAGAUUUAAAAUGAAUAGACGAGUGUAAGGAAUACUUGCACAAAUCCAGUGCUUUUAAACACAAUGGAGUCAACAAGUGCACACUUACAGUAAAAAAGAAGGGAAUUGGAAUUCAUCCAUGUGACAUCUUUUGUUCCCAGUGGUUCCUGAAUUUGACUCUCAUGCUAUGCCACUGGAUGACACUCAGCAGUCUACAUUCACAUCCUCAUCCAUUUAGUUAAUUUCUGAUCUAUAAGAUAUCUUAUCAAUUUUAUAUUUAUAAGGUGGAAUCGGCUGUUGGCAUUUAUACAAGAAUACAGUAUUGUUGUAGCCAUGCCUUUUACUCUGCUACAAUACUGUUAUAGAUGCCAAUACCAGACAGGUGUAAGAAGUUACUGUGGAAUAUAUAUAUAUAUAUAUAUAUAGUCAAAACCCUCUUAUCCAAGUAAAUGCAUAGGUAGUGUUUCUUUUUAGUUCAAAUGAAAGUUGUAACUGAGAGGAUGACCAAUAAAUCUCAUUACCAUA